UACCAGAUCCAAAGGGGAGUAACUCGUAAAAAUGUGCAUAACCAAUUAAUUUAUUUGUAUAAAAUAGACAAUUAUUAACAUUAUGACGACGAUACGGCAGUUUACUUGCGAUGACUUAUUUAAGUUUAAUAAUGUGAAUUUAGAUCCUUUGACUGAAACAUAUGGCUUACCAUUUUAUAUGCAGUAUAUGGCUCAUUGGCCAGAGUACUUCCAAGUUGCAGAGUCACCUUCCGGGGAAAUUAUGGGAUAUAUAAUGGGUAAAGCAGAAGGUAAUGGCGACCAGUGGCAUGGUCACGUGACUGCUUUAACUGUAGCUCCAGAAUAUAGACGUCUAGGCCUUGCUGCAAAACUGAUGAGCAAUUUGGAAGAAAUCUCUGAAAAGAAACGUUGUUUCUUUGUUGAUCUGUUUGUUCGUGUAUCAAACAAAGUAGCAGUGGAUAUGUACAAUAAGCUAGGAUAUAGUGUAUACAGAAGGGUUAUAGAAUAUUACUCUGGAGAAGUGGAUGAAGAUGCUUUCGAUAUGCGGAAGGCACUAUCAAGGGAUGUAGAACAGAAGUCAAUUAUACCACUAAGUCACCCUGUUAGACCUGAAGAUCUAGAUUAAACCAAUGCCCUGUAUUCUCAUGAAACAAUAAUUAAAUGAAGGAGACACUGUACUCUGGCUGUCUUACAGAACUUGUUAAUAAUGCUAUCCUUAGAAUCCUAGUAUAGUAUAAACAUACUCAUUUACAUUUACACUUCAUUCUGUGCUAUUGGAAAAUAAUUUUAUUAACAAAAUCCUGAAAGAAGCUUAACAUAAAAAUCUUCACAUUAAGUAACUGAUGGUUUAGAAUCUGGUUAGAAAGGUAAAGUUCGAUCCCCACCAAAGUUUGUUUAAGUUAUGGUAAUUUAUUAUUAGACAAAAUAUGUGAAAUUCCAGUGGAUUGUGAACAAUUAGCAAAUGUUUCCCAAACUUCAAUUGUGAAGUUAUAUAUAAGCCUUUUUUGAAGGUAUUUAGAUUAAAUCGGGUCCUUUAUUCUGUACAAUAAAUAAUAUUUUUAAAUACAUUUUAAAAUAAUUCUUUAUUGAUUUCAACAUAAAUGUAAUGAAAAAUAAAAUGGAAACUAGAUAUCUGUGAUUUAUAGGUAUGGGCACCAUUUUCUAUGGGCACCAAGAUUAUGUGACAAGCAUAUGUUUUCUUGUGAAGAACUUUAAUUUUGUGAUUGUCAGUGGAUUUUUUUCUCCAGUAUGAUUUGUCAGUGGACUUUUUUCUCCAGUAUGAUUAUUAUAUUUGUUUCUUGAGGGUACAGGGCUUUUUAGGAAUUGUUCUGUGUAUACAAUUGUGUCUUAUAUUGUCUGUGAAUUGAUAGCGAUGUGUACUCACAUUUAAUCAUUUUUGUCUUGUAAAUAGUUAUACCAUUUGUUGAAUCUUUCUCAAUUUUUGAGUGAUUGUGCAUGCAUAUUUGAUGUAAUAAACUAUUGAUCAUAAUAUAACUAACUAUUGAUGGUGAUAUGAUAAAGUAUUUGAAUAUUUUGAGUUUAAGCAUCUGGCAGUUUGUUAAAUAUUUUGCAUUGAAAUAAAGAUGUUGAUAGUAAUCUUUGAUAAUUUUUAAAUGGUAAAAUAACUUUAGUACACAUAAUACACAAAGCAAAUAUUUAAUUGGAAAUAAAACAAAAAAUGAAAUGUUUUGUUAAAAGUUUUAAUGAAAUAUCAUUGAAAAUUUUGAAUAAAUUGUGAGCUGUG